UCAUUUGCAAAACAAAAAACAUCUUCAAAUACUCUUGCUUAGCUCUCAAAAGCCAAGCUUUGAUAAAGAUGAAGGAAAUAGUGCUAAAGGUGGAGUUGCACGAUGAUAGAAUCAAGCAAAAGGCUAUGAAAACAGCCUCUAGCCUUUCAGGGGUUGAAUCAGUUUCUGUUGACCUGAAAGACAGGAAAAUGAUCAUAUUGGGAAACAUUGAUCCAGUGAGUGCAGUAUCGAAGCUACGAAGGUGUUGUCACACUGAAAUAGUUACAGUUGGACCAGCAAAAAAGGAGAAAGAGAAGGAGAAGGUGAAGCCAGCAGAAGUGCCUGUUCCUCUCCAUCAAGCCUAUCCCUUAAUUUAUUAUCAGAUGACACCACCACCAUAUCCUCAAAUUUACUAUGUUAAAAGUUACGAUGAGAAUCCUUGUGGCUGUGUCAUAUGCUAAAUUUAGAAAGUUUGAUGAAAAAAGACAAAAACCGAGUUUGAUAAAAAAAAAAAAAAAGACAAAGUAGGAUCUAUUAGAUUGAAGAUGUCCUUUGAUACUUAUAAAAAUAUAUUUUUAGAAAAAGAUGAAAACAUUUGAAUAUGACAACUAAUUGAGCCUCAGGUCGUGGAAGAUUAAUCACAUGAUCAACUCAAAAGAACUAAAGUUUAAUUAUGAGAUUCUUCGUCAUCCUUUCCAAUUCAGAGAGCUAAAGGUUGUUAAAAAAAUAGAUUGAAGAUUAUGGUGUUGUCCAAGGUAGUAAAUAUGCACUCUGCAAUUAGUGGUAUAUAUGUUGGUUUGUCAUGUUGUAAAAUGUAGACAAAAACUUGAUGCGUUGUAUUUAAGUAAUAACUAUCAAGAUUUGAGUGGAGAAUGUUCUCUUAA